GGUGCUAAUGGACAAGAGAGUUCUGGUGCUUUUGCCCAGGCCUGGAGAGACAGAGGGCAGCUCUGAUAUAAAGGAGAAUGGUGAGAGACUCAGACUUCCAACCCACACGAGUGGCUCUCUUUUGAACCCUGUGCUUGCAACCCCCAAUGCCCACACCCUCAGUGCUAUCAGUCUAAGAGUAAGGGAAGCAUAGAAAGAGAAAGAAGAUAGUGGAGGAGAAAGAUAAAGAGGUCUGUGGUUUUCUUCUACCAAAGGCAAGCUGACUCUUCCUUUGUUUUCCAUCUUUAUGUUUCUCUCUCAGUUCCAUGUUUGCAGUAUGCAUCAACAACCUUUGCUUGCUGUUCUAAGGGAUCUCAUUGCACUCUGGUUUUUUUCCCUUUUAUUUUUUGGAUUGAAGAAGAAAACCAGAAAUGGCUUCUGAUGAACCCAAAUCCAUAGGUGACAUGGGAUUGUUUGCUCCACCACCACCUCCAUCUCCGGGGGCCAUGGAAUGUUUGGGUGGUGAACGAGCUUGGGGGUUUCAGAGUUUGGCAGGGGGGAAAGACUAUCAUGAAGGUGAGCAGAACAGCUGCCUAGGUGAGGAAGCUGAAGGUGGUGAUGACACCAACCAUGAGAGUGGCCAGCAGCACAAGCUUUGUGUUAGGGGUCACUGGAGGCCUGCUGAGGAUGCGAAGCUCAAGGAGCUCGUGUCUCAGUAUGGCCCCCAGAACUGGAACCUGAUUGCUGAGAAGCUAGAAGGAAGAUCUGGGAAGAGCUGCAGGCUGAGGUGGUUCAACCAGUUGGACCCAAGGAUCAACAGGAGUGCCUUCAGCGAGGAAGAAGAGGAGAGGCUUUUGGCCGCGCAUAGGCUUUACGGCAACAAAUGGGCACUGAUUGCUAGGCUCUUCCCUGGCAGGACAGACAAUGCAGUCAAGAACCAUUGGCAUGUCAUCAUGGCCAGGAAGCACAGGGAGCAGUCCAAUGCUUACAGGAAGCGGAAGGCCUCCAACCUUCCCUCCCUUGGCCCUCCCCCAGUUCAGGCCAUCCUGUCCAGGAGGAUGGAGGUGAACACCAUCAUCCACGCUUGCAGUGGUGAGUCCACCAUCACGAGCGCCAGAGAUGAAUCUGCUUCCACUUGCACAGACCUCUCCCUCACUUCCUUCACCAGCAGGGCUUUCCCAAACCUCCUCUACAGAUCCUGCCCAACCCACCAGCCAACACAUCCCUGUGAUAUCUCCAUUGUUAAGGAUGGAAAGGUCCACCCUGCAAGGAAUGGAUGCCACGACAAGUUUGGUGAUGCCGGUCGUGGCUUUUUCUCUGGAGUUGCUCCCAUGGAGUUGGUUCCUGGGGCUGAUCAAGCUGCUUACUCUUGUUCAACCACAGAGGCCUCAGCGAGUGGCACAGUGGUCUACCGCAGGAGCAAUGCUUGGCCCCAAGCUGAACCUGAUCAUGGAAGGGAGAAGAUUAGGAUACCCUUCAUAGAUUUCCUAGGUGUUGGUGCAACAUAGGAAGAGGGCGACAGGGGAGGAGAGUCCAAUGAAAGAGAUUGGAAAUUUUGUGAAACCAGUUCUGCUGAGACCUUUAAUCCUAGUAAGAUUCCAUGUUCAUUGUCCAAAUCUCAGACAUAAAAUGGUUUGCAUGGCCACUCGGUUUCAUAGUGCAAGUGGUGGUUCAGAACUCAA